UGCAGGAGGAGUGUGUCCAAAAAUGGAAAGAAAGCACCAGCAAUGCGGUCACCUUUCCUCAACGAACCUUCUCAGCAGCAUGCAAACGAGCUUGCCCCGCGCCUGACAAUCCCUGUCCUUCACUCUUCUCUCCACUUUCAUCUCCACCUCAACUAUUCCAACUGCAGUAUCUGCCUUUCUUUACCCUCCUCCCCUUCUUUAUCUUUUCCUUUCCAAGAACACGAAGGACCUGUCGCGAUGAGGAUAUUUCUGAUCCCGCUGUCGCGGACCACGAAAGCGAUGCACUGUCACUCCACCAUCGCGCCGUCUUCGACCUCGUAUCUCAACCGCACAACCACCUGGGCGGGUAAGAAAUGGGAGGGGCUGGGACAGGCCAAGCCCGACAGCUUGAAGCAGAAGCUCUAUGGCGCAGGGACACGAAUGCUGGAGAAGAUCGAGCACCAGGAGACCUUUCUCAAGGAGAUCCCGGCCAAGGAAGACGUAAACAUUACCACCACGGUCCCUUUCUUAUAUCCGUCGGCUGUCAAACAAGCCCAGGUGAAUGCGGAUCUCAAGAUGUUGAUUGAACAAAGGAUACCCUAUCACCGCAAGUACAUGAUAUACUCUGCACUAUGGGUCCCUGUUACAUCUCUGUUCACGAUCGUGCCCUUGAUUCCCAACAUCCCCUUCUUCUACAAUGCCUUUCGGCUCUGGAGCCAUUGGAAAGCAUACAAUGGCGCGAAACAUCUGGGCUUGAUGGUCCAGAAUGGAACGCUUGAAUUUCAACCGAGCGAUGUUCUGAACCUGGGCUUACAGCAUGAUCCAGAUUUUGCGGUCUUCUUCACAUCGUCUGGCCAGCUUUCGAAAAAGAGACAAGCACAAAGAAAGUCGACUGAGCAGGGCGGUCCAAAGGGGCCUGCCAUUGCAGAGUCUUCAGGAGAGAUCACUCCAACAUUAGAUACCAACAGGGACGCGGCAGUCAAAGCGUCAUCAGCAGCAGAAACAGACGCCAAAGCAUCACACCGCUCAACAACAGAUAAGAAGGAUGAUCCACUGUCCAUGACAGACCAUGUGGUGCGUGAGGGCUUUGUAACGGACGCAGAGAUUGAAAAGAUAUGUCAAAUAUUUGAGCAGGCUCCGCAGAUGUCGCGGGAGAUCAGACGGGCCCGGCGUCAGGAAGCAGAGAAGUUUGUGAAGGAAAAGCUCAUGGAUAAUAACAAUAACAAGCAUAGACAAAGCAAGCAAGACUAGGUCGAGGUCUUGCUGAAGUAGAAAGACAAAAUAGAUAUCAUUCCCUGAGCAACAAUUCCAACUAGCCAAUCGCAUGCGCUGCACACUCUUGGUGCUUGAAAUGGAAACAUAAACAAGGAAAA